GCGAGCGCACGCCGGCCAAACGAAACGCAAACCCGCGCGUACGACGAUCGUGACUCGCGACUCUCGCACGAAACAUGCCCUCCUGGUGGGACUACCUACACUUCAACAGACAAUACCAUAAUAAGAGGAACCUAGAAGAAGGCCUAUUCCAAAUCGCAUCUCAAACCUGCAAUAUCCUGGUCAAAGUGAACAAUACAAACAAUAUAAAUUUAACGAGAAAUAACAGGAGCGACGAAUACGGGUGUGCAGGGCCUCCUAAAGGGAAAAGCUCUAUGCAGAUCUGCGUCCCCAAGUUUCGGAAGAACUCUAUAACUUCAGGCUGUAACCCUGGACUGUCGACCGUGCUAGAGUCAGGGAGUGUGGGGAACGCGUCGUCAUCCGAUGAGGAAUUGGAGCAGUGGGAACAGAUCUUCAUGAUGAGAGAUGAGAAUGGAAACAGCUACAAUGAUAAAAGAAAAAAACGAAGCAUAUGGUGUCGGCCAUCUUGUAUCCCGGUGUCCAUUGUUAUUCUAUUAAUAGUUCUUGUGGUGCUGGUACCAUUGUUGGACCAGCCCAACGUACUGCAUACCGUCUCUUCCACUGUGCCAGUCACGUUGCACUGCUCAGAUGAGUGUAGGUUAUCACUAGUGGAAAGUAUACCAGAGGGUCACAUGUAUCCCCCUAACGCCACACACUUGCCAACGAAGAAUGUGUGGCUCGAUUUAAUAGACGAAGCUCAAAAUUCUAUAGAAAUAGCGUCCCUGUACUGGACUCUUAGGUUUAAUGAAGAGUAUCCUUAUAAUUCCUCUAUAGAGGGUGAACAAGUGUUCCAAGCUUUAUUUAAUGCUGGGUCAAAAAGAAAAAUAAAUUUAAAAAUUGCUCAAAACUGGCCCACUAAGGCAUUUCCUAAUAUAGAUACAGAAUAUUUACAAAAGAAGAAAGCUGCUCAGGUGAGAAGUCUAAACUUCUCAAAGUUGCUGGGAAAUGGGGUUCUUCACACAAAGUUUUGGAUCAUCGACAGAACACAUUUUUAUAUCGGCAGUGCCAAUAUGGAUUGGAGGUCACUUACACAGGUGAAGGAGCUGGGUAUAGUUGCGUACAACUGCUCGUGUCUCGCUACGGAUCUAGCUAAGAUUUUCGAUGUGUACUGGAGCCUAGGCACUCCGGACGCCUCCGUGCCAGACAGCUGGCCCGCGGAGCUGAGUACAGAUGUCAAUUUGGAGCAUCCCAUCAACAUCAGCGACGGACAACACAGCUACGGCGCGUACAUCUCCAGCUCUCCGCCGCCGUUCAACCCGCUCGGGCGCACGAACGACGCGGACGCGAUCGUGUCCAUCAUAGAGUCUGCAGAAGAGUUCGUGUACAUUUCCGUCAUGGACUACGAGCCGGCCCUCGUGUUCGCGCCCAGGUUACAGUUCUGGCCGAAGAUAGACGACGCGAUCCGCGGCGCGGCGCUUGACCACCGCGUGCGUAUACGCAUGCUGAUCAGCUGGUGGAAACACUCGCGGACGGCUGAAGACUACUUCCUUCGGUCGCUCGCCUCGCUCUCGCAGGCCUAUCCCAGGGUCGACAUUCAAGUGAAACGCUUCGUGGUCCCAUCGACGCCAGAGCAGGACAAAAUCCCGUUCGCUCGCGUCAAUCAUAACAAGUACAUGGUGACAGAUAAGACCGCGUACAUAGGGACCUCCAAUUGGUCCGGGGAUUAUUUCACGGACACCGCGGGCGUGGCGUUUGUCUUCAACGAUGACCGACAGUUUUCAGGUAAUCUUACGCAAGACAUCAGGAGAGACUUACAAGAAGUGUUUGAAAGGGACUGGACUUCCCCUUACGCUGUUCCACUUAGAAGAUUAUAGUACUAGGUACCAGUAGACUUUUUUAAGUUGGUAGAUUCGGGAUUUUGAUACUUAAUAAUAAGUACGUAUUUGAUAUAAUUGACCUUAUCUGUUUUUGUGUGUUUGAUAAACGUAGAUGUUCAAGAGAUAUUUUGGCGUUUCAGUAGCGUUUAUGUCUUUUGUGGCGCCUAUUUACAUGUUUAAGCAUCUUUAGGUUAUAAGGUCUUGUCACGCCAAAUUGUUUGUUGGGCGUUCAAUUACCACUUCGAGUGACUUCGAUCAUUGCGUUUUUGACUACAAUAUUAUGAGUUUUGUGGAUAGGUUGUAUAAAGCUAAGGAAGUAGCAUCUAUUACUAAACAUUUUCGCUAAACUCGGGUGAAUACGACACGGGUCAGGCCAACGUAAGCUGGAUACUUGAACUCAAAAAUGUCUUUACUCUGUUGGUAACAUGUUUCACUUUGAAUCGUCAGUUUUUACAUAGAUAAUAUUUUUUGUCGAACGACUCAUCCGGCUAAGAAAUACCUCGGGACCCUAUACGUGCUUCCUAAAUAUAUUAUAAUAAAUAUUAUAUUAUAAUAUUUUUAAGCACGUAUAGGUCUCGAAAAUUGAAUAUCAUUUCAGUAAUUUGGCUGCCUAAUAUGGGUUUUUUUAUUCCUGUUUCUAAAUAAUUUUAAACACUGGGCGAUGAACAAGUUUGUAGAAGGAUAAGUUGGUCCGAUCCUCGCGAGGUUUAGCGAACGGCCUUAUGUGGGUUAGAAUCGAGUUUGUCUAUUGUAAUUGAUAUUCUAUGAUUUCUAUGAAACUUUAGGCUGUGUUAAAUUAAGUCUAUUGUGUUUAUGUAACUUUUACUAUCCUGUCGAAUUCCCAAUGAUAACAAAAUUACUCGUACACUUAAGGGAUAUUUCCUUAGAUAUAAGUAUUUACAAUGUAUACUUUAUUUCGCGUGUUCAAAAUCACGUCACUUCCUUCUAGUUUGUGAUUGGCCUAUUUUCUAAAAAAAAUGUAUUAUAAGGUAAAUGUAAAGGACGACGAAUGAAAUUGUGAGAGGCGACAUGAAGUGUGUGACGAGUUUACAUUUUGUAUGUUUUCUGUGGCGGAGUAAUGUAGAUGUUUUUGCUUUGUUGAUAUUGUUGCAAACUAUAUUUCCGGCGUUAUAUGACCCUAAGUAACCCAACCUGUAAGGGCUAAUUUUUCCUUCCAGUUGGAAGGGCAGCCAGGUAGGUAGGUAAUUUUCAGGUUACGUAAGAUGUGAGAAAAAAUGGUAUAACGCUAGGGAGAUGAUGAUAUAACGAAAUAUACUAUGCCAAAAUAAAAUUAUAUUUGCGAACUUAAAGACUUCCCUUAGAUGAGAUUUUCCAUCUAACCAGAUAAAACGAGGAGCGAGCUAAUCUUUAACACGUUUAGGACAAAAAUUAUAACUAAAACAUAUGGGGACAAUAAUAAUUAUACUUAUAUUAUAAUUUUAUCAUUUGAUAAUAUUUUUUUAUUCAAUUGAUUUCUAUGGAUCAUUUUAUUGAGUGUAUUACGAUUUUGCUUAAACUUUCAAGUCGCUGAGAAAGCUAACGAUUUAGUUCAUAAGUUUUUAGUACAUAAUUUUGAAACAUUAUACUAUAACUGAGUUAUUCAUUAGGUAUUAAUGCAAUUAUUCUGGUGUGUGCCUUUUAUGUGUGAUUCGGAAAAAAUAUGUGAUAACUACCUUGUUUAUAUUUUGUCAAGUUGAGCCUUACUGGAUGGGCAAUACGUUUUGAAAACCUCUUGGAGAGUUAGCCAAGUUGUAAACAAUUUUGAAAACCGACCGUGACCGCGAUAAAAAUGUACGGGGUUGACAUAAAUGGACAUGUCAAUCCCAUUGCCAUUGUCGGUUGUGGUAAUCGUCUGCAACUUGGCUAGGGUAAGGAUCCUGUUAGGUAUGUCCCAACAUACACACACCCCAAUGUCGAAUAGUGACACAAAUGUUUAUCGGUUAAAAGUUGCAGGCAUUAUAAUCAAUAUUUUAAUUGCCAAUAAAAUUAUUGAUUAAUCCUCUUAAUGGAUGUAAUAUAAACUUGGUAAAAUCAAUGAAUUAAAUAUUUUGUCGCGUGAUUUUCUUAAAUUAUAAUGUAAGGUUGUAGAUUUUUAUAUAUUUCCAGUGGCUAAUAUGAAUUUGUAUAAGUAAACUGCUCGUCUUGGCGGGGGCACUCCAGUGCCCCCAGAUACUGUAGAGAUCUUUCAGAUUUAUAUAACUGUAGUGUACCUUCAUAGUUAGCAAUAUUGUUUAAAUAAAACCUAGUAAGUACAGUACUUAAGUACAAAAUAAAUCAGCGUGAAAGUAGCCGUACGAAAAGAUGACCAAAAAUUUAAUAUGCCUACUAAAUAUUGUCACGUAAAUGUCUAUUUAUAAUAUUUCGUUACGUUUUCACAUUCAGAAUUUAUAACAGAAAUAUUUAUUUAAGUACAACAAAUAACAAUUAAAACCAAUAUAAUAUAUUAUGCAACUUUAUUGGAUACAUAAUUAUAAUUAUACAAUACAAUGUUAAUAAUAUCUAUAUUUUAGGUCCAAUAAAGUAUUUUGAAUUUAGAACCACUCAGUAAACCAGUAUACCAUUAGUAUUAUAACUAUUAAAUGAAACAUAUCGAUAUGUAUAGGUAGUCAUUUACUAAUUUAGCAUAAUCAAGAUGAUAAUUUCUUAUACUAAGAGUUUGACAUUUUAAUAAAAAAAUAUAAAGUAAUGGAGCAGUUUCCAGUAGUCACCAUCUAAUUUUAUUUUAAGGUAUACCUGUCAUUUUCUUAUCUACCGAAAAGGAACGGGACAGAUGAUUGACAUGCAUAACGUUUAUGGAACACGUUCAUUUUAGGCAGACAUUUUAAACAACCCUUUAAAAAUUACUUUGGCCAAUAACCCAUCAGAAUUAAGUUGACAGCACACGUGAAAACAUAUCAGCGAGAAGUCUAUCUGGUUAUUCAUUAAUUAAUUUUAAAAUUAACAGCUGUAAAUCAUGCGUUCCUUUUUCUUUUGGGCGAAUAAAAAAAUGACAGAUAUAACUAUUACUCUAAAAAAAUAAAAUUAAAUGUCUGCAGGAAUCAGGGCUAUUGUACUUAUAACUUAAAAAGUAUUGUAUACUAACAUAUACUUCUAUAACUAUAUAAUGGUGUUAAAAAAAAGCUAUGAAAUCAGGUACUUAUUCCUGCGAAAGCAAUAGCAAGAGAUGGAAGACAAUACGUGUGAUAUAUGGAUGCUAACGUAAAAUAAAUAAUUCCAGUAAUAA